AGCGCCUGGGACAGCGGGACCAACCUGGAGAUGACGCCCAGCCUGGUUGCCGGCAGCAGGAGUUCUGUACACCAGCACGAGCGAAUCCAGUCGGCCUCCAAACUUUUUCCACCUUGAGCCAACCAACCAGUUUUUCGAGCGAAACUCAUCAAAGGGGAGAAAAUUGAGGAUUCGUCAGCAGCGAUGGACCGACGAGGUCUUCGACUUGUGUUUCUUCUUCUGCUCGUACGAGGGAUCCACACAACUCGAGGGAGCUGCGGAAGCGAAGAGUUUCAGUGCGCCAGCGGGCAAUGCGUCGACAUCGCCUGGCGGUGCGACGGAGUCAAAGACUGCACCGACGACUCCGACGAGCUCAACUGCCCCGCUCCGUCGUGCAGCUCGGAGCAGUUCCAAUGCGUGACGAGCGGCGAAUGCAUCUCCUCGGGGUUCGUCUGCGACGGGGAGAAAGACUGCGAGGAUGGUUCAGAUGAACAAAGAACAUGUGACGGUCGAACCUGCAGCCCAGAUCAGUUCACCUGCCAGGAGGGCCAGUGCAUCCCCGCAAAAUACAAAUGUGACCACGUGAGGGACUGCGUGGACAACUCUGAUGAAAACAAUUGCAACUACCCACAGUGCACCGAGAAGACGUGCGCCAACGGGGCUUGUUACAGCAACUCGCAGCGUUGCAACGGACUGCAGGACUGCAGAGACGGUUCGGACGAAUACAACUGCACCGCCAGCCACUGCUCCAUCCACCAACAUCAGUGUCCCAACGGCGUCUGCAUCCCACAAUCCUUCUUGUGCGACACCUGGAACGACUGCGGGGACAACAGUGACGAGCAAGGCUGCGUGUAUGAGAGCUGUGGCGGCAACGAGUACACGUGUACAAAUGGCCGCUGUAUUCCCCAGCGUUGGGUGUGCGACAAGUUCAAUGACUGCGGGGACUACAGCGAUGAAAAAGGAUGCGACAGCGACUCCCGCGAUUGUUACCCCGGCGAGUGGGGCUGCCCGGGCUCGUCGGCUUGCAUCCCGGUGGGGAAGGUUUGCGAUGGGAAACCGGACUGUCCCGGCGGAACAGAUGAGACCAACUCCACCGCUGGCAAGACCUGCAGCCUGGAGCGCUGCUCGACGUUGAGCUGCGAGUAUCUGUGCCACGUGUCGCCGGGAGGGGGCGCUUGCUACUGCCCUGACGGUUUUACCGUAGGCAAUGACAGUCGCUCCUGCGUAGACUACAACGACUGUCAAAUCUGGGGGAUAUGUGACCAGCUUUGCGAAGACCGGCCCGGGACACACCGUUGCAGCUGCGCCGGUGGAUACUUCCUGGAGCAGGGUCACGUCUGCAAGGCCAACGCGUCAGGUGGAAUCCCGCAGCUGAUUUUCACAGACGGAGCAGACGUGAUGAUGGCCGACGUCCACGGCCACCACGUUCGAACUUUGGUGGCCGCUCAGGGCAAGGGUUUGGCCGUCGGCGUCGCGUACCACAGGCACAGCGAGACCAUCUUCUGGAGUGACACAUACAACAAAAAGGUGUAUUCCACCAACUACAACGGCGGAAACAUUAAGGAGGUUCUGUCAACUGCGGUCCCCAACGUGCAGAACCUGGCCGUGGAUUGGAUCAACUUCAAACUGUACGUCUUGGAGGCCGUGGUGGAGCGCAUCGACAUGUGCGACUUUGAAGGAGGGAAUCGGGUCACCCUGGUUGCCGAGAACCUGCAGAGUCCUCAUGGCCUCGUCCUGGACCCUACUGUGGGCUACAUGUUUUUCACCGACAUGGGCUUCGCCAAUGAGGAGAUGAAGCUGGAACGAGCCUUCAUGGACGGCAAUAACCGUGUGGAGCUGGUGAAGACCCGGCUGGGCACGCCCACGGCAAUCAGCCUCGAUCUGGUCACCAAAAGGGUCUACUGGUCCGACAGCCACUUUGACACCAUAGAAACGGUCACCUACCAUGGUUUGGACAGGAAAAUGGUGCUCAACGGCGGAACCCGGGCCCCACACCCUUUCGGCAUGGCGGUCUUUGAGAACCAUGUCUUCUUCACGGAUUGGUCCAAGAUGGGGGUGGUGAGAGCCAACCGCUUCAACGGCAGCAGCCCGGCCCUCCUCUAUCGUACCGCCAAGCGGCCCGGCCAUGUUGUCGUCUCUCACUCAGUGCUGCAGCCUAUUGUGAUGAACCCCUGCGGCCGUCACAACGGCGGCUGCCAGCACAUUUGCGUCCUGAGCCACCGCACGGACAACAACGGUUUGGGAUACCGCUGUAAGUGUCGCCAUGGUUACGACCUGCACACGGACCUUCGCACCUGCUAUAAGGUAAAGAACUAUCUGCUGAUGGCCACCUUCAUGGCCGUGCGAGGGAUCCCGCUCAACAUAUCCGUCCAGGAGGACAUCACCUUGCCCCUCACGGGGCUCGGCUCGUCAUUUUACGGCUCUGCCGUGGAGUUUGACGGCAACGAGGAGGCUGUUUUCUACGACGACCGGUCCCGGGGAAUUAUUUACAAGUCCAACCUUAAUGGGAGCGUUCAAGAGAUUUUGACCGGCCACGGGGCUUCUACCGUUGAAGCCAUGGCCUAUGACUGGACCGCCAAAGUUUUGUUCUGGACUUCCAGCUCCCACAAGACGGUGGUGGCUUUCAGAAUCCCAGACAAGUCCCGGCGAGACAUCGUCACCGGAUUGAGAUACCCGAAGGGAAUCGCAAUGCAUCCCGGCGCCGGCUACUUGUUCUGGUCUGACUGGUAUCGUCCGGCGGUCAUCAUGAGGGGCUUCCCAGACGGCAGCAACGCGGUCCCGUUGGUCAAUACAACGGUCGGAUGGCCGUACGGACUUGCCCUCGACUACGUACAAGACCGCCUGUACUGGGUAGACUCCCUCUUCCAUCAGAUUGGAAGCGUUGACUUUCAGGGAAACAACAGGCAGACCUUCACCAAUAUCGGACAGAUCACAAAUCCUUACUCUUUGACUGUUUUUUCAGACUACCUGUAUGUCGCUGACACCAGGACCAGAGCGAUAUAUGAGAUGAGAAAAAGGGAUGGCGGAGGAAACAUCAUGAUCAGACAAGGAAUCAACGACAUUAAGAACAUCAAGGCCUACACAGCCGACCUCCAUAGUAGUGUCAGUUCUCGUUGCAACGCGGUGCCAAACGGGCGCUGCAGCCACUUUUGCUUCCCGACUCCGUCCUACAGCCGCGUGUGCGGGUGUCCGUACGGCAUGAAGCUGGAGGCCAACCAGCAGGACUGCGUCAAGGACGACAGCGUCCCGCCGCCGGACAACGACUGCGGGGACUACUCUUUCGAGUGCGACGAAGGACGAUGCCGGCCCAACUCCUACCGCUGCGAUGGCUAUUUUGACUGCGUGGAUAAGUCCGAUGAGGCCAACUGCUCCCAUACAGGAGUGACAUGCUCGUAUAAAGCUUUCACCUGCAACAACAAGCACUGCAUCCCGAACGUGUGGCACUGCGACGGCACGGACGACUGCGGCGACGGCUCGGAUGAAGCCAACUGUCCCACAAAAUUGCCCACCACCUGCUGGAGCUCCUUAUUCACCUGCGAUAACUUCAGAUGCAUCUCCAAAGAAUGGGUGUGCGACGGCGACAAUGACUGCGGGGACGGUUCGGAUGAGCAGAACUGCAAUUCCACCAUCACGACGUGUGGUUCUAACUUCUUCCUGUGUCCCAACCACCGCUGCAUAGCCCUCACCCUCGUUUGUGACGGAGACCAGGACUGCUUGGAUGGCUCGGAUGAGAAAAAUUGCGAGUUUUCCUGCGCAUCUUAUGAAUUUAGCUGCGCCAGCGGUGACCAGUGCAUUACUUACAGUUACAAGUGUGAUGGAGUGUUUGACUGCAGGGAUCAUUCAGAUGAGCGGAACUGUCGUAAGUUUUGCCACAUAGAUGAACUUGUCAUCAUUUUUGUCAAUGCGCUGAAUCAGUCUGUACCCCUACCCCCAUCCCCCUCAGCCACUCGUGGCCCGGGCUUGUGCCACGACGAUGAGUUCCAGUGUCAAACGGACGGGUUCUGCUUACCGAAGGAGUGGGAGUGUGACGGCCACCCCGACUGCGAGGACGGUUCCGACGAGCACAACUCCUGCCCGCCCCCCACCUGCUUACCCAACCACUUCCAGUGCUCCAACAAGCUGUGCAUCCCAAAAUACUGGUUGUGCGACGGCGAAAACGACUGCCGGGACAAUAGCGACGAGCAGAACUGUCCCACCCCGCCAUUCAAAUGUCCCAGCGGCCAGUGGAUGUGUCCCACCGACCAGGUGUGCAUUGAGCAGGGCAAAGUGUGCGACGGCCAGAAGGACUGCCCCAACGGAGCCGACGAGUCGCCCGUCUGCAAUGAGGAGGAUUGCGGACUGAACAACGGUGGCUGCAGCGACAUCUGCUUUCAAGGACCUUUCGGGGCCGAGUGCAAGUGUCGGCCGGGUUUCCAGCUGCUCAACGACUCCAAGACGUGCGACGACAUCAACGAGUGUCUCAUCCCGGGGUUCUGCAGCCAGGAGUGCUACAACAAGAAAGGAAGCUUCCGCUGUUACUGCUCUGCCGGUUACCUGCUGGAGCCGGACGGGCGCACCUGCAAAGCUCUAAACCAUGAAGCCGCCGUGCUCUUGCUGGCCAAGCGCAGCCAGAUCAUCGCCAACAGGGUCAACGCAAAGCCGCCGUCCAUCAGUCCCGUGGUGAGCGGGUCGAACAUCGUGACCGUAGACUUUGACCGCGUGACCUCCAGGGUGUACUGGGCGGACGCCUCCCAAAAGAAGAUUUGGAGUGCCUGCCAGAAUGGGACCGAAAAGCGGGAAAUUUUUUCAAGUGGCUUGAUUGUGCCAGAGAGCAUUGCGGUGGACUGGAUAGGGAGAAACCUUUAUUGGACCGACUCUGUCACCGAGAACAUCGAGGUGUCCACUCUGGAUGGUCACUUCCGAAAAGUGCUGCUCAGUAAAAACGUUACCAGCCCCCGUGGCCUGGUUUUAGACCCUCGCAACCAUACCAACGUGAUGUUCUGGACGGAUUGGGGUCAGAAUCCGAGGGUGGAGCGAGCCUUCAUGGAUGGAUCCAUGAGACAAGUCAUUGUCAGUACAAAGAUAUACUGGCCCAAUGGCUUGGCGCUGGACUACACCACACGCAGGGUCUACUUUGCAGACGCUUACCUCAAAUAUAUCGACUACUGUGACUACGACGGGAAAAACCGCCAUCAAGUCAUGGCGAGCGACAUGGUUCUCCAGCACCCGCACGGUAUGACCAUCUUCGAGGACAAGAUCUACUGGUCAGAGCGCUACACCAGUAAAGUGAUGAGCACGAACAAGUUCCACGGUGGCAACGUCACCGCCGUUAUGAUCAGCGUAUACCAGCCCAUGGGCAUUGUCAUGGACCAUCCCAUCAAACAGCCUUCAGGCCUUAAUCCAUGCAGAGAACAUCUGUGCGGUCAACUGUGCCUGCUGUCGGGCAUCAGGCCAAGAUAUUACACCUGCCACUGUCAGUCUGGAUGGAAACUGGAUGAUGAUAAACGCACCUGCAAGAAAGACGAAACGCCCUUCUUGAUGGUGGUGAGAGAUUCGGUGAUUUUCGGGAUCCCUCUCGACCCGGCCGACCCCUCCAACAACGCGAUGGCUCCCGUGUCAGGCAUCCACCAGGGGCAGGAUAUUGACUUCGAUGACCGGGAGGAGUUUGUCUACUGGGUUCAGUCCUCAGGUUCUAUAUGGCGAGUGCACACCAAUGGCACCAAGAGGUCUCCGUUUGCGCCAGCUGCUCUGAUGGGCGCGCCGUCUGCUCUGGCUUUUGAUUGGAUAAGCCGAAUCAUGUAUUAUAAUAACCCCACUGCUAAUUCCAUCGAGGUUAUCCGUGUUGAUGGAAUUCAGUAUUAUCGUAAAACCCUCAUCACUUCUACUGGGAAACCAGAAGGCGUAGGAAAUCCUGUCGGAAUAGCCGUCGAUCCAGCCAGAGGGAAAUUAUUCUGGACGGACAAAGGAUCCGAUAACGGGGUUCCUCCAAAGGUCGCCAGCGCUGACAUGGACGGGAGCAACCUCAGGAUCCUCUUCACAGGCAACCUGGCAAAUGUGGGCUACAUCGCUGCUGAUAUUUCCACCAGGAAACUUUAUUGGGGCGUGUCAGGCUCAGGAGUGAUCGAGAGCGGCACCGUGGACGGGGGGAGUCGGGUGACAGUGGUCAGUGGCCUGUCUCACCCGUGGGGGUUGACUGUCUACCAGAGCCAUCUUUAUUACACCGACUUGGACUAUCAGGUCAUCGAGAGGGUAGACAAAGAGACGGGCGCCAAUAUGGUGGUAAUGAGGAGUGGCCUGCCCAAACUGCGGGCCAUCAAAGUGCACGCCAGAGACAACUCAGCAGGGAUGACAAACGCUUGCAGCUCCAAAAACGGUGACUGUCCUCACCUCUGCCUGCCCAAACCCAACAACCAAAGGACCUGCGCCUGCACCAUAGGCUUUCACCCGUCUCCGGACGGCUCUCGUUGCGAAGAGUUCGACUCGUUCGCCGUCGUCUCCACGCCCAAGUACAUCCGCGGCUUCCACAUCAACAGCUCGGAUCAUUCUGAGGCGAUGGUGCCCAUCGGCGGAUCUUCUUACAGCAUGAAGAAGAACUUGGCCCUCCACAUAGAAUCUGGCUAUGUCUACUGGUUUGACAACAGCUCCUCCAGCAACUACAAGGGCAUCUACAGGGGCAAAACAGAUGGAUCAUACUACCAAAGGGUGGUCUCCGGUGGGAUUGGAAGAGGAGGCAUCCACGGUCUUGCAGUGGACUGGGUUUCCAACAACUUGUACUUCACCAACACCUUUGACAGUGAGACCUUCCUGGAAGUGCAGGCCAUCAACACCUCCUACCGACUGAUUCUCCUCAAGUCCUCGCACGACAGGCCCCGCGACCUGGCCGUCAACCCUAAGCAGCGCUUCCUCUUCUGGACCGAUGGCGGCCAGACACCCAAGAUAGAACGCGCCCUGCUGGACGGCACAAACCGCACCGUCCUGGCAUCCGAAAGCGUGCUGUCUCCCGGUGGCCUCGCUGUUGAUUACACCAACGACUUCCUCUACUGGACGGACGACGUUCUGGACAUGAUCUCACGGAUGGCCGCGGACGGUUCACAGAGGGAGAUAAUCCGCUACGGAAGUCGCUAUCCGUCUCCCACUGGCGUCGCUAUACUAGGAAACGUCAUGUUGUGGGUGGAUAAAAUACUUGGGAAGCUUUUACAGGCCAGUAAAGAGCCAGGCAACCUUAACCAGACGGAGGUAAUCCGAGACAAUCUCGACGGUGCCUCGGAUGUCGCCAUCUUUGACCCUCAUGUCCAACCUUUAGCGGCCCACCAGGUGGGCUUCAAUCCGUGCCACGAGGACAACGGGCGCUGCCAGCAACUCUGUUUCGCUAUACCAGACCAGGACCAUCCAAAAUGCGCCUGUGCCCACGGGUCACUCCUCAACAACGGAGUAACCUGCGGUUACGGGCAAGAUGAUUUUCUAAUCUUCACCACAGAGUACACGCUGAACAGCAUGAGGCUGGACCCCCAGGAUCACAGCACUCCUUUCCCGGCAUUUAACCUGGGCUACAACUUGAUGGGGUUGGAUUUUGACUCCAAGGAGAGGCGUGUUUUCUUCACCCAGUACAUGGGCUUGGGCAGGAGCAGGAUUGGUUACGUCACCACCACCUCCCCUAGUAGCGCACCCACCAUCGUCGCUUCAAAUUUGGAUGAUCCCGAAGGCUUAGCGUAUGACUGGGUUAACAAACGUCUCUACUUCACCGACUACUUUCGCAAGAAUGUGCAGUCGAUCGGCUUGGACGGGAUGAACCGCACAAUCAUUGCCCACGCAAACCGUCCCAGAGCCAUCAUAGUUGACCCUUGCUACGGUUACUUGUACUGGACCGACUGGAGCAUCCCGGCCAAGAUCGAAAGAGCCACGUUGGGGGGGAAUUUCCGAAAGCCCAUCAUUAACAGCAGCUUGUCAACACCCAAUGGCUUGGCUAUUGACUUUGAGGAGAGAUUGCUGUACUGGGCCGAUGCGUCACAAGACAAAAUCGAGCGAUCCACGCUGACAGGCGCAAACAGAGAAGUAAUCCUACUGGGGGUCCAGUACCCCUUUGCCAUGACUGUUUUUCAACAGGAUAUCUUCUGGACCGAUUGGACAGAACGCGGCAUCUUCAGGGCCGGAAAAGAUGACGGUUCUGGAAUGUUGGUGCUGGGCCAGGACCUUCAGUCCCGGCCAAACGAUAUUCACGUUUUUGCCGCAUCCAAGCAGGAGAACUGCUCCAGCUCCUGCCUGCAGUUCAACGGAGGGUGCAGUCAUGUGUGUGUACCUGGCCCAUCGGGACCAGAGUGCCAAUGUCCCCAUCAAGGGACGUGGUACCUGGCCAAUAACGGCAAGGACUGCAUCCACGACAACGGGAAGCGCUGCCAAUCCGACCAGUUCACGUGUCUCAACGGCAACUGCAUCAGGGCUAACUGGAAAUGCGACGGCUACGACGACUGUAAGGAUGGCACGGACGAGCUGGAGAGAGUGUGCGCCUUCCACACUUGCUCGGGGAGUCAGUUCACUUGCGACAAUGGCCGCUGCAUACCCCUCAGCUACGCCUGUGACUACACGGACGACUGCGGCGACAACAGUGACGAGCGGGGCUGCCCCUUCCCCACUUGCAACCCCGACUCGGAGUUCACUUGCGCCAACGGCCGCUGCAUCAACGCGGACUUCGUUUGUGACGGAUACAACGACUGCCGCGACAACGCCUCGGACGAAAUCAACUGCCCCGACAGACAAUGUCCCACUGGCAAGGUCAAAUGUGAGAACACCAACAUCUGCAUCUAUCCCGACAACCUGUGCGAUGGCUCCAACAACUGCGGUGACAACAGCGAUGAGAAUCCUCUCUUCUGUGCGGGUCGUACGUGCCCCCCCAACAAGUUCCAGUGCGACGGUGGGAAGUGCAUCCCUGAAUCUUGGGUGUGUGACAUCUACAAAGACUGCAUCGAUGGAACUGACGAACCUCCCACAUGCGAACAUCAUUCGCAAACUUGUAGCGUCAGCCAGUUCACGUGUACCAAUGGAAACUGCAUCCCGCAGUACAUGGUCUGUGAUGGCAACAACGACUGCUGGGACAACAGCGACGAGGCUCCUGAGCUGCAGUGUGGCCAGCGCACUUGCAGCCCGAACCAGUUCACCUGUCCAACCUGGCUUCCCGGUCACCCCCGGUGCGUGCCCUUAAGCUAUGUGUGCGACGGCGACAAAGACUGCCUCGACGCGGCCGACGAGCUCCACAACUGCCCCAAUCGGACCUGCCACAUGAACGAGUUUGCCUGCUCCAAUGGCCUUUGCAUCUACCUCCCCUAUCACUGCGACCGCGUGAACGACUGCGGGGACGGCAGCGAUGAGCUGGGCUGCACUUACGACACGUGCGGCAGCACCCAGUUCACCUGUGCCAACGGGGCCUGCAUCUCCUCCGCUUACACCUGCGACGGUGAUAACGACUGCCUGGACGGUUCCGACGAAGCGGCCAGCCUGUGCGUGACGCCGCAGCCCACGUGCGCGCCUCAGCAGUACAUGUGCAAGUCGGGCGAGUGCAUCGACGUGAAGAGCGUGUGCAACGGGGUGAAGGACUGCCAGGACAACAGUGACGAAAAAGGCUGCGGGAUCAAUGAGUGCCGAAACCCUUCGGUCCACCAGUGCGCCCAGCUGUGCACGGACACGCUCACCGGUUACUUCUGCUCCUGCAACCCGGGCUUUAAGCUCAUGGCCGACGGCAAAGCCUGCGAGGACCUCAACGAGUGUGUCGGCACUCCGUCCGUCUGCAGCCAGAUCUGCGAGAACACCGUCGGCUCCUACCACUGCAAAUGCGCGGCGGGGUACCUGCGGGAACCCGACGGGCGCACCUGUCGUCACAACAGCGGCAUCAACCCGUACCUGCUGUACACCAACCGCUACUACAUCCGUAACUUGACCACUGACGGAUCCCGGCUGAGCAUAGUGCUGCAGGGGCUCUCCAAUGCGGUGGCCUUGGAUUUCGACUAUUCCGAGAAAAAGCUUUAUUGGCUCGACGCGGGAGCGGGAAAGAUCGAGAGGAUGCGUUUUGAUGGGUACGACAGAGAGGUGCUGGUGGAAAACGACGUCUUCGGUGCGGAGGGAUUGGCACUUGACUGGGUUGGCAGGAAAUUGUACUGGGUGGACGGUUACUACGGCUCCGUUCAUGUGAUGGAGCUGGACGGGCGCCACAUGAAGAAGCUGAUUGCCGGCCACUUCACGGAUGGGAACCACACUUACACCGUUAGCCGACCGAGAGCUGUGGCUGUCAACCCAAAAUACGGGUGGUUGUACUGGACCGACUGGGCAGACACGCCGUAUAUCGGCAGAGCAGGCAUGGACGGAACCAACGUCAGCGCCAUUAUAACAGCCAAGCUGGAGUGGCCCAGCGCCCUGACCAUAGACUACGCUACCAACAAGAUUUUCUUUGCCGAUGCCCACCUUAACUUUCUCGACUUCGCAGACAUGGAUGGCAAAAACCGACACCGGACCAUAGCUGGUACACUGCCACACGUCUUUGCAGUGUCCCUCUUUGAGGACUCGGUCUACUGGACAGACUGGAACACGCACUCUGUGGAAAAGGCCCACAAGUACACCGGUGCAGGGCGCUUGGUCAUGGGCAAUAACACGCACCGACCGUAUGACCUUCAUGUGUGCCACCCCUACAGGCAGCCACGAAGUGAAAACCCGUGCUCGUCCCACAGCCAGACCUGCACUCAUCUGUGUCUGAUUGCGCCCGGUGGGCAGAAGGCCACCUGCGAGUGUCCGGAUCACUUUAUUGCAAUUUCUCAGGGCUUCAAGAUCAAAUGUGUUGCAGACUGUUCCAGCACCCAGUUUCGCUGCGGGGACAACGAGAGAUGCAUUCCAAUAUGGUGGAAGUGUGACGGCCAGUCAGACUGCGGGGACGGCUCAGAUGAACCCCAAACCUGCCCGCCCCGCCAUUGCCCCAUCGGCCGCUUCCAGUGUCAAGAUGGAAACUGCACGUAUCCCGGCUUCCUCUGUGACGCUCACCCGGACUGUCCCGACGGUUCCGACGAGGACGCCGUUCUCUGCAGUGACCAUCGAUGUGAGGAAAACCAGUUCCAGUGCAAGAACAAGAUGUGCAUCCCCAUGUCGUGGCACUGCGACGGCUCAAAGGACUGCUCAGACGGCAGCGACGAGGACGCCGAGACCUGCGCCCAGAGGACCUGCCGACCGGGACAGUUCCAGUGCGCCAAUGGGAACUGCCUUCCGUCGAGCUACGUGUGCGACGCGCAGGACGACUGCGGCGAUGGAUCCGAUGAGCCUUACGACACCUGCAUGGGCCCAGACUACAAGUGCGACGAAACCGAGUUCUCCUGCAAAACAAACUACCGCUGCAUUCCUCAGUGGGCCCGAUGUGACGGCACAAACGACUGCAUCGACAACAGCGACGAGCAAGGCUGCGAGGCAGUGACAUGCGACCCCCUGGGCGAUUUCCGCUGCGACAACCAUCGCUGCGUCCCCAUUCGCUGGAAGUGCGACGGCAGCAACGACUGCGGCGACGGUUCGGACGAGAGGAACUGCCAGCCAAGGCCGUGCUCGGAGAGCGAGUUCCGCUGCGACAAUGCACAGUGCGUCCCCGGGAAGUGGGUGUGUGACCAUGACAACGAUUGUGGAGACAACUCAGACGAGCGAGACUGCGAGCUGCAGACGUGUCGUCCAGGCACAUUCCAGUGCGACUCGGGUCACUGCGUCCCCGCUGCGCUGCAAUGUGACGGACGCCCCGACUGUCAGGAUCUAUCGGACGAGACCAGCUGUCCCACUCGUUACCCAGGAGGCCGAUGGUGCCCUCUGGGCCAAUUCGAGUGCGCCAACCAUCUGUGUCUGAACAUGGCCUGGGUGUGCGACGGCACGGACGACUGCGGGGACCGAUCUGAUGAACAACUCGCUUUAUGCCUGAACAUCACAUGCGAGAUGCCGUCUCGGUUCCGCUGUGCCAACGGCUACUGUGUCUACUCCGGCCUGCUGUGCAACAAAAAGGACGACUGCGGAGACGGCAGUGACGAGGAGGAGGAACUUUGCCGCCCGCCCACGCUGCCACCUUGCACACUCGACCAGUUCAAAUGCACCAACGGCCACUGCGUGCCUCUGCCUUACGUCUGCGACCACAACGACAACUGCGGGGACCGCACUGACGAGUUGGGCUGCAAUUUUGGCCACGACCGCAACUGCGAGGAGAAGCGGUGCCAGCAGGAGUGCACCAAUUUGACCGGCACCGGAUUCAUCUGCUCCUGCAGGCCCGGGUACACAGUGGACCCGGAUAACACCUACACUUGCUUGGACGUCGACGAGUGCGAGGUUUUCGGCAUCUGCCCUCAACUCUGCAAGAACACCAAGGGCGGCUACGAUUGCGAAUGCGCUCCCGGUUACCGCAAAGUCGGCAACGGCGACAUGUGCGAGGCCGAAGGCGCCGCUCCGAUGCUGCUCCUACCCGAGAACGUUCGCAUCCGGAGGUUCAACCUGCAGACGGAGGGCUACCACGACUUCCUCCAGGAGGCCGAGCGCAUCGUGGCGCUGGACUACGACUGGGACCACAACAACACCGGAUUCAGUAUGGUGUACUUCACUGUGGCCAGCAAGGACUCUGUGCCAGGUGCCAUUAAAAGGGCUUAUAUACCUUCCCUGGAUGACGGCAGCAACAACAUCGGCACCGCAGUCGACCUCGGUAUUAAGUACAUCACCAGACCAGAUGGCAUCGCUGUGGACUGGGUCGGCAGGAACCUUUACUGGGCCGACUCCGGGCUGAAGAGGAUAGAGGUGGGCAUGUUGGACGGACGCUACAGGAAGCACCUAGUCAAGACCGAAGUGGGCUACCCGUCUGCCAUAGCGGUCAACCCACGACUAGGGACGUUGUACUGGUCCGACCGUGGGGAAGCAGCCAAGAUCGAAUGCUCCUGGCUGGACGGUCAAGAGAGGAAAGUCCUCGUGGGGCAAAACAUGGGUUGGCCCACCGGCCUGGCCAUCGACUUCACCAACAACGACAGAAUCUACUGGUCGGAUUCCAAAGAGAACCGCAUUGAGUCUGUUCUGCCUUCAGGAGAGGACCGCAGAACCGCUGUCUUCAUCGACGUGAGAAACCCCUUCGGAGUGAGCGUAUUCGAGGACCACGUUUACUGGAACACGGACGUGAAAGGCGAAGUGUUCCGGCAGGACAAGUUUGGCAAGGGGACCAAGACCAAGAUACUGACUGCCGGACCCUGGCUGACCCAAGUCUCCGUCUACCAGGAGCAGCGAUACAACUCCAUUGGCAUGAAGAAUCCAUGCAAGGGAACGUGCAGCCACCUGUGUCUACUGCGCCCAGGGGGGUACACGUGCGCCUGCCCCGAGGGCACCGACUUUGUGCCCGGAAGCAACACGCAGUGCGAUGCCGGGUUUGAUCCGAUACCCACCAUGCCGCCGCCGUGCCAGUGUCAGAAUGGCGGCACGUGCUACUUCGACGACAACAAGGCUCUCUGCAAAUGUCCUCCAGAAUGGGAGGGUGACUACUGCCAGACGAACAUCUACGAAGUGGUGGCUUCAUCGAUCGGCAUCGCCAUCGGAGUGACGAUCGUCAUCUUGCUGGUGCUGAUUGCCCUGGUCUACGUUGGCCAGAAGAAGUCCAACGUCAUGCAGAGCCUCCGCGACGGCCUUCCUUCCUUGCCUUCGUUGCCCUCCAAGCCAUCCAUGCCAUCUAUGCCUUCAAUGCCCAGCUUGUCUUUCUUCAGAAAGCGUCCUCCUCCAAAUGCUUCUGACUCGGAAGACCCCGAAGGGACGAGGGUGAAUUCAGAGCCGGUUCCAUGUAUGUCCAUGGUGGAGACAGAGCGGAAGAGCUUUGACAAUCCGUCCUACGUGAACGUACCUCAACCCGGCGCUCGGAGCACGCCCACCCCCGCAGCCUCUCCCAGUGGUUCAACCCAGCAGAACAUCACGAAUCCGUUUUACAUGGAGGAGGUCAAGGCUGCGGACGAGCCCGCGAGAAAGAGCGCGCCCGCCAAACCUGCGGCUUCCAACAAGGAGGCCUUCGAGAACCCAAUGUACAGCUCGGAGACCGAAGACCCCGACGUCCCUGCUCCAUCCUCUCCUUUGAGGACGCAGAGAUUUGGACCCGUCGGCGAUGAAGGAUUUGUCUCUUUCAAAAACCCAGUGUACACGGAAAACGGGCAUCUGUUAAGUGACGAUUCCGAGAUCUGACGUGCGAGAGAGGGGGCGACGUCGCCAACAUUUCGCAAUUGACACUUGAGGAUGCUGAGGUUGCAAAGACUACGCAGUACUCUUCUUUUUUUUUUUUUUUUUCGAACUCUGUGUGGAUCCGCCUGCAUCAGAUAAGCAAAUUUGUAAAAUAAGUCACGUGUUUUUGGUCUGAUCCAAGUAUGUGUUUUUCUAAUGAAUUAGUUUAUUUUCUAGCCUUUUGUACAUUUUGAUUCUUACUAAUUUCAACCCUUGUAAUUGUUCUCUUUUGUUAUUAAGAUAUAAAAGUAUGUGGCUGCUUCACUUUCA